UGACCUCCCUAGCCUUCCCCCCAGAAAACUGUGAAAACACUGGGCUUGCCCACCGGACACCCCUGGCAACCAUGUGGACCUGUGAGCCUGUUUUCCCCAUCUGAAAACGGAUGGGUAUCACUCCUUGCCUUCCUUCCCUGCCAACACGCAGGAAGUGCUGGGCAAGUGCAGGGCCUCGUCCCCGCUGUCUCUUCACCCCCAGUCCGGCUUCUUGUUUGCACGGUGCUGUGGUCCACGAGGCCCGGCCUGACCCUCUGUGUCUGCCCCCCACAGGCUCCGGCUGCCCAGUGGGCUCAGACCCAGAGCCCAGAGCAACCAGCACAAUAGCGUCCAACAGCUGGACCGCCAGCAGCAGCCCCGGGGAGGCCCGGGAAGAUGGGCCCGAGGGCCUGGACAAGGGGCUGGACAACGAUGCGGAGGGUGUGUGGAGCCCGGACAUCGAGCAGAGCUUCCAGGAGGCCCUGGCCAUCUACCCGCCCUGUGGCCGGCGCAAGAUCAUCCUGUCGGAUGAGGGCAAGAUGUACGGUCGAAAUGAGCUGAUUGCACGCUAUAUCAAACUGAGGACGGGGAAGACACGGACGAGAAAACAGGUCUCUAGCCACUUGCAGGUUCUAGCCAGACGGAAAUCUCGGGAGAUUCAGUCCAAGCUGAAGGCCAUGAACCUGGACCAGGUCUCCAAGGACAAAGCCCUGCAGAGCAUGGCGUCCAUGUCGUCUGCACAGAUCGUGUCUGCCAGCGUGCUACAGAACAAGUUCAGCCCGCCCUCCCCCCUGCCCCAGGCUGUCUUCUCCUCUUCCUCAAGGUUCUGGAGCAGCCCCCCUCUUCUGGGACAGCAGCCCGGACCCUCUCAGGACAUCAAGCCCUUUGCACAGCCAGCCUACCCCGUCCAGCCGCCCCUGCCGCCUGCGCUCAGCAGUUACGAGCCCCUGGCCCCGCUGCCCCCCGCCGCCGCCUCUGUGCCGGUGUGGCAGGACCGCACCAUCGCCUCCUCCCGGCUGAGGCUCUUGGAGUACUCCGCUUUCAUGGAGGUGCAGCGAGACCCGGACACGUACAGCAAACACCUGUUUGUGCACAUCGGCCAGACCAACCCCGCCUUCUCCGACCCGCCCCUGGAGGCGGUGGACGUGCGCCAGAUCUACGACAAGUUCCCCGAGAAGAAGGGGGGGCUCAAGGAGCUGUAUGAGAAGGGGCCCCCCAAUGCCUUCUUCCUGGUCAAGUUCUGGGCGGACCUCAGCAGCGCCCUCCAGGAGGGCCCCGGCGCCUUCUACGGCGUCAGCUCGCAGUACAGCUCCGCCGACAGCAUGACCAUCAGCGUGUCCACCAAGGUGUGCUCCUUCGGCAAGCAGGUGGUGGAGAAGGUAGAGACCGAGUACGCCCGGCUGGAGAACGGCCGCUUCGUGUACCGCAUCCACCGCUCGCCCAUGUGCGAGUACAUGGUCAACUUCAUCCACAAGCUGAAGCACCUGCCCGAGAAGUACAUGAUGAACAGCGUGCUGGAGAACUUCACCGUCCUGCAGGUGGUCACAAGCCGGGACUCCCAGGAGACCCUGCUGGUCAUCGCGUUUGUCUUUGAAGUCUCCACCAGCGAGCACGGCGCGCAGCACCACGUGUACAGGCUGGUCAAGGACUAGCACGGCCACGCCCCGCGGGAUGAGCGUCCUCCGCAUGCCUGCCCGCCGGCCCCGGGGCCCGGCCCAGGACUCAGCCACCCACAGGCCUCGGGCCUGGCUCCCAGCGGCCUCCCCGCCCGCCCCCAGCACACACGCUCCCUGUCACUGAUCUGCGCUUUACUGUGGGAGAGGAGGGCUGGGGUGGGACAGCCCACCUGGCUCGGCCCCCAAGG